AUGACUCGUGGUAACCAGCGUGAUACUGAUCGGGCUAAGGCCCAGAAGAAGGCUCAAGGUCAAAAAUCCAAGAACAGCAUGAGUGGUACCCAGUACCAGAAGUCCAAGGAGGAUGCCGCCACUAUCAUGCGCGAGAAGCAGCGCAAAGCGGAUGAGAAAAAAAGCUGCAGAAGCGGCGGGAGGAAAGAAAUGAUCCCCCCCACGACCGUGUCCCUCCCUACCUCGAUACCCAAGUACAAACUCAACUCGCGAUUCAUAUUCGACGAAAAUAAUACAUGGGCGGCAGGGAGUUGA